AAAAUCCACUGACACGGAGUGGGACAUCUGACCGAGCUCGACGUCAUGGCUUGUACAUUUUAAUAUUAUACCAACGUUAUGUAGACAAAUCGGUAUCGUCUCUGUUUGUCCCGUCGGCUAAAUGAUUCGAUUUGCGGUUAUCGUGUUCGUGCUGUUAAUUGAUGUUCCGUUUUCAAUACAAGAGGACGAUAAGGUGUUACACAUCGGAGGUAUAUUCCCGAUCGGUGGCAAAGGCGGAUGGCAAGGAGGUCAAGCUUGUGAGCCUGCGGUUAGGCUAGCCUUGGAAGAUGUGAACAAGAAUAGCGUUCUGUCCGGAUAUCAACUGAAAUUGCAUUGGAAUGAUAGCGAAUGUGAUCCAGGACUUGGUGCAUCGGUUAUGUAUGAUCUGCUGUAUAACAAACCUCAAAAACUUAUGUUAUUAGCAGGAUGCAGUACUGUAUGUACAACUGUUGCCGAAGCGGCAAAAAUGUGGAAUUUAGUUGUUUUAUGUUAUGGUGCCAGUUCACCAGCAUUGUCAGACCGAAAUCGUUUUCCCACACUGUUUAGAACGCAUCCAUCAGCCACCGUUCAUAGUCCAACUAGAAUCACAUUGAUGAAAAAGUUCGAAUGGUAUAGAAUUGCGAUUCUUCAGCAAACUGAAGAAGUUUUUAUUUCUACAGUGGAGGAUAUCGAGACUCGAUGCAAACAAAAUGGCAUUGAAAUAAUUACCAGACAAAGUUUUGUUAGUGAUCCAGGUGAUGCUGUUAAAAACUUGCGCAGACAAGACGCCAGGAUCAUUGUUGGUUUAUUUUACGUUGUUGCUGCCAGAAAAGUAUUAUGUGAGAUGUACAAACAGCAGUUAUAUGGAAAAGCCUACGUGUGGUUUUUUAUUGGGUGGUACGAAGACAAUUGGUUUGAAGUCAACUUGGAAAAAGAAGGAAUUGAAUGUACGAAAAAAGAAAUGAGAAUUGCAGCUGAAGGUCACAUCACCACUGAAGCUCUUAUGUGGAAUCAAAACAUUAACCAAAAGACUAUUUCCGGCAUGACUUCUGAAGACUUUCGUAAAAGGCUCGAAAAUGUUUUAAGAUCGGGAGGUUAUGCAAUUGAUCGACACCGUUAUCCCGAAGGUUACCAAGAAGCACCUUUAGCAUACGACGCUGUCUGGGCUGUAGCGUUGGCUUUUAAUAAAACUAUGGGUAUCCUGGAAAAACAAGGAAAAUCAAUCACCAGUUUUAACUACAACAAUAAAGAAAUCGCCGACCACAUUUAUUCGGCUAUAAAUUCAACCCAGUUUCUCGGGAUAUCAGGUUACGUAGCUUUUAGUUCACAAGGUGAUCGUAUAGCAUUAACGCAGAUUGAACAAGUUAUUGAAGGAAAAUACGUUAAGCUUGGUUACUAUGAUACACAGUCUGAUAACUUAACAUGGUUCGAUAAAGAGAAAUGGAUUGGUGGAAAAGUUCCGCAAGACAGAACUGUGAUUCGCCGUGUAUUGCGCACGUUAUCGAUACCAUUACUGAUAUGUAUGUGGGUAAUUACAACUAUCGGAAUACUUGGAGCAGUUAGUCUUAUUGUAUUUAAUGUCCUCAAUCAUCACAGAAGAGUUAUCGCUCAAUCAUAUCCGGCUUGCAACACAAUUAUGUUGUCCGGCUGUGUAUUGAGCUUGAGCAGUAUUUAUUUAUUUGGCUUGGACGGUCAGAUUAUAUCACCGGCGGUUUUCCCAAACAUAUGCCAGAUAAAAACUUGGGUGUUGUCAAUUGGAUUUACUUUGGGUUAUGGAGCUAUGUAUAGUAAGGUGUGGAGAGUGCACAGACUGCAUACGAGUCAAAAGAAAAACGCAAUUAGGAAAGCUUUGCAGCCAUGGAAAAUGUAUUCUAUUGUGAUAUUUUUACUGGCCGUCGAUGUUGCGAUUCUAUUCUUAUGGCAAUGUAUGGAUCCAUUGAAGCGCGAUAUACAAGUAUUUCCUAUGGAAAAUCCUUUAAAUAGCAACGAUGACAUAAAAAUAAGACCAGAACUUGAGCAUUGCAAGAGUGAAAAUCACAACUUUUGGCUCAGUUUAACAUUAAGCUACAAAGGGUUGCUUUUGCUGUUCGGACUUUUUGUCUCGUAUGAAACCAGAAGUGUCAAACUAAGACAGAUAAACGAUUCACGGUACGUCGGAAUGUCAAUUUACAAUGUGGUCGUUACUUGCUUGAUAACUACACCCGUGAUUAUGGUGACAGCAUCACAGCAAGAUGCUAGUUUCGCUUUUGUAGCGUUAUCUGUUAUUUUCUGUUGCUUCCUUUCCAUGGCCCUGAUAUUCGUACCAAAAGUGAUCGAAGUGAUUCGGGAUCCCCACGACAAACCAGAAUCUAAAUACAAUCCCGAUGCUGGAAUGUCAAAAGAAGACGAAGAUAAGUACAAGAGACUUAUCGAUGAAAAUAAACAACUUGCUGCUAAAAUAAAAGAGAAAGAGGAGCGUUUAAAACAACUAAAGUCUGACCUAUUCAGUUUAAGGGGCGAUACUGAUAAGACUGAACUAAAAUGGAACGAUGAGUCGCAGUUAACCGAACACUCGUUCUUAUCGCAGUCGGUAAAUAAAGAUACUUUAAUUGUAGCUGAUUUCAUAACUGGCGAAGGUACAUCGGACUCAGCGUUCAUUGCUGGUACGGCCACUUCUUAUUCUAGAGCUAGUGCUUCAGAUAUGGAAUUCUCUGAGUCUUACUUGUGAAUUCUUAGACAUUAUAUUUACAAUAAUAUGCUUGAAAACAAUCGACCAACAAACAAUUUAAUCAUUUUACUUCAUACAGGGUGACUAAAAAAGCUGUUUCUUCGAAAAAUAAUUUUUAAAAUCUUUAGAUAAAAGAUAAUAAUAUAAUAACGAUACAAUCAUCAUAGUUAACGAAAUGGUACUUAAUAUACUAUAUAAUAAUAUAGGUAUGCAUAUUAUAGUAGGUAUGAGAAAAACAAUUUUCAAUAUUAUUUACGUUUUACAUAAAAAGUGAAUUUUAAAUUACAUAUAAAAUACAUUCAAUUGACAUGAUACGUUUAUUAUAUUUAAUUUUAAUUCCAGUACACUAAGGCCAGUAGAAUUCAUUCAAAAAUAGAGUUUAAUGAAGUCAAUAUUUGCAGAUUAACGAUUUGGCGUAAAAUAGUUUUUGAAGAUCACUUUAUAUUUAUGUUUUAAACUUGAGUUCAACGGAAACCCUUUUAACGAAACUUUGUUUCAACAUCAUUGAUGAUUAUUGUUUGAUCACAAUGAAUCAUUGAUUCUUGUAUACGAUUUGCACCGUUACUGCGUAAGUUGUAUUUCAGAAUAUUAAAAUACAAAUUAAUUAUUAUACUUUUUUUCACAAUAUCCUUUAUGAGAUUUAAAUGUUGUACGGGGAUUUUUUUUUAUUCUUAUUAUACAUUUUUACUUUCUAUAUUAUCUUAUAUCAUUUGAAUAUUUCAACGGUUCAAUAAUAUCUAUAGGUUUAAGUUACUUACCUUUACACGAUUAUAUUAGGUAUAGAUAUUGUAGGUACUUAUUUUUAGAAAACUAAUGAGAAAUUGUCAUCAAAUUAAAUACAUUUUCUUUUUACAAUUGUACAUGUGUUUCAACUACAAACAAAAAAAAAUAUUGGGUUUCUACAUUACUUAAAUCUUUGAAGUGGUUGUACUAGGUUUACAUUGAACGCAAAUGAAAAGUUAUUCAUUCUUAACUUAGCAAAUUUUCUACAAAUAUUACACACAUUAUACCUAAUAUUAAAAUUUAAACCGUAAAUAAUAUACUUUAUCAUUGUAAAAAUAAAAUAUAAAUCAGCUUACAAACCAUCAAAACUAUUUUUGUUCAUUUUAUGAACAGUAUAUACUAAAUAUAUACUAAAUACAUAUUAUUUUUUAUUAUAAUUGAGUUGUACCUAUGUUUACAUUUUAAAGAACAAAUAUUGAUGAAUUGUUGUGCAUUUAUAUAAUUAUUUGAUUCAAAUUCACCAUAAAUCAUUCGGCAUUGAAUUUUUACUGAUAUAAAUUAAAUCAUAUUUAUCACAUUGUGUGUUAAUUAUGCAAAACAUAUCGGAUUACUUUCAUAAAAUGUUACCAUGUUAAAAUUAAACGGUUUGUUGUCCACUAGAUAUUAUAACAAUAUAUGAAUAAUAAUCAUUUUUUCUGUAAAAAAAAAAAAUACUUUGUUACAAAUAUUAGUCAACUGUAGUAUUGAAAUGUGAUUAUUAAAAAAAAAAAAAAAAAUCAAAUCUUACAAAAACUACGGGUUUAUUAUUUUGU